ACACGCUUAUAAAAUAAAAUCUAUCGAUAUAUUUACUAUCAAACAAUUUAGAUACCAUUUGACAGUGCAAGAAAAUAAUCAAUAUUGCAAAAUGGGAAAACACAGGACGGCACAGCAGGAUGCUAUCUUCGUUGCAUUCAUGGAAAGACAUCCCAUCAUAGCCAAAAACUACUACAAAGGCGACAAAUUGGCCAGUGAAGCCGCUUGGCAAAGAUUAAGCAAGGAGCUAAACAGUGUGGGACCACCAGUUAAAGAGGCCGCCGAAUGGAAGCGGGUUUGGAAGGAUUGGAAAAGCUGCAUACGGAAGAAAAUAGCUAAUAACAGGCUGGAGCCAAAUGGUACGGGGAAAAGUUCUCUGUACCAGGAUACGCUCACCCCUCUGGAGGAUGCCGUGGCAACUAUUACAGAUCUGUAUGAGAUGGCAGACAUUAUUGUUGAGUCACAGCCGAAGGCUAAGUUGCGCCUCCAAGACAUCAAACCAGAUCAGGAUGAGGACGCAUCCGAUAAUGAGGACGAUGAACAAGAAGAUGAUGAUGACGCUGCGUCUGCAGAGUCUAUCAGCGUGCGUGAUCUCGGUGUCAAGGUGGAGCAGCAGCUUCAUCAGCAAAAUUCCUCAGCCAAGAAGCGAAAACUCGACCAUGAGAAUCUUAAUGGAUCAGGAAGUGGAGCUGGCUUCAGUGGCACUACCGUGCUCCUAGACAUAGCCAAGGAGCUGAGAGAGCUAAACAGACAAACACGAUUGAAUGCCCAGCGUACCGAAGCGAAUACAGAAGCUCUUUUGGCAAUGGGCACGCAAAUUUCAGAUCUAAUGCAACAGCAGCUGAAAGAACGUAAGCGUCUCAAUGCCAUAAUGGAGAAGUUUGUGCUCAAGAUGGAAACAACCGACUAGAAGUAGCUAGAUAUAUGUAUAUAGCACUAUAAAUUAGUUUAACAAUAAAUAUUGUAAUCAGCAA